AUGGGGCCUUACUUUGAUAUGCUGGGCGAGACGGAGCCACACACCACGAAAUACACACUGACAGUUCUCUGUCCACCAAGACCACCACCUCGCUGGCUACCAGCCAUCUUCACCCGCCCAGGCCCCUCCAAGGCCCAGAAUGUCGGCACAACAUAUACCAUCCGCCCAUCCGACUACAAUCCCGCAAACCCCAAUUACGACUGCUUCGAGCUGCGCCACCUCGACGAUAUGGCACCAAAGACCGUUAAGAUCAUCAGCGCAUGGUUUCCGGCAGAUAUGCGCUGCGAGCACGUUUAUGAUGGACACAAGUGUGAAGGGGGGUGCUAUGUGCUUGAGAAGGGUGGUGAUGUUAGGAGGUGGAGCUGUAAGAGGGAGGAUUGUGAGGGGCAUGUGUAUUGCGGGAGGGUGAUGAGAGAUGGGAAAGGUGUUGCUUGCUUUGGAAAGAAAGGUGCGAGGAUGGUGUGUGUUGAGCGUUGA